AUGCCCGGCUCUAUCUACCAGCCCGAGGGCGGACAGCCCGCCCGCGGCCCGCCGCGCUGCCUGGCGCUGCUCAGCCCGCCGCCACCGCCGCCUCCCGCCGGGCAGGAGCCGCCGCCGCCGCCGGAGCCCGAGCGGGAGCGGGAGGGGCCGCCGGCGCAGGACGAAGCCGCCGCCCUGAGGUUCGCCCUGGACCAGCUCUCGCUGCUGGGGCUGGAGGAGGCGGGCGAGCGCGGGCUGCGGGCGGCGGAGGCGGCGGGCGGCGCGGGGCCGGAGGAGCCGGAGGCGGCGGCGGCGGCGGGAGGCGCGGGGCCGGGCGGCCUGCAGGCGCGGGAGCGCGGCGGCGGUGGCGGUGGUGGCGGCGGCUCCCCCCCGGCCGCCGGCGCCGCCUCUCCCCCGGCCGCCUUCGGUAACUUCGCCCCGCACCUGGCGCCGCCCGCCGCGCUGCUGGCCGAGCCGCUGGGCGCGCUGGGGAGCAGGAAGAAGAGCGUGAACAUGACCGAGUGCGUGCCCGUGCCCAGCUCCGAGCACGUCGCCGAGAUCGUGGGCCGGCAAGGCUGCAAAAUCAAAGCCCUACGUGCCAAGACCAACACAUACAUCAAGACGCCGGUCAGGGGCGAGGAGCCUGUUUUCAUCGUGACUGGGAGGAAGGAGGACGUGGAGAUGGCGAAAAGGGAGAUCCUCUCGGCCGCUGAGCACUUCUCCAUGAUCCGGGCGACGCGCAACAAAGUGAAUGGGCUGACGGGAGCGAUGCAGGGGCCCCCCAACCUGCCGGGACAGACCACCAUCCAGGUGAGGGUCCCGUACCGUGUGGUGGGGCUGGUGGUGGGGCCCAAAGGAGCCACCAUCAAGCGGAUCCAGCAGCAGACGCACACCUACAUCGUGACGCCCAGCCGGGACAAGGAGCCUGUCUUCGAGGUGACAGGCAUGCCCGAGAACGUGGACCGGGCUAGGGAGGAGAUUGAGGCGCACAUCACUAUGCGGACAGGCUCCUUCAUCGACAUCAAUGCCGACAACGACUUCCACUCCAACGGCACCGACGUCUGCCUCGACCUGCAGGGCAGCACGGCCAGCCUGUGGGCCAAGGCCCCCCACCCUGCCCGCCGCCCCUCGGCCGCCCUCCGCAACGACAGCCUCAGCUCCCUGGGCAGCGCCUCCACCGAGUCCUACUACAGCGGGCGGGUGGCGGACGCCAGCCCCACCAGCCCCUACAGCACCAGCAGCGGCUUCACCUUCAGCGAACCCCCGGCCCCGCUGGGCUCGGAGGAGUGCGACUUUGGCUUCGACUUCUUGGCCCUCGACCUCACAACACCCACCACCAUCUGGUCGCCCUUUGAGCGCUCAGGCAACCCCUUGCAAGCCUUCAGCAGCUGCUCCUCCAUCAACGGCUCGCAGAGACGCAACAGCAGCACGGCCACACCGCGCCACUCGCCCACCCUCCCCGAGAGCGGCGGCGGCGUGGCCCUGGACCACCCCUUAGCGCGCCGCAUCCAGAGCGACCCCGUCAGCACCUUGUCCUGGCUGCCCACCCAAGGCUCGCUGUCCUCCUUCUCCAACAGUACCGGCUACUCCUCCUCCUCCUCCCUGCCCGGCAGCAUCUCCGCCGCCUCGGGCUCGCCCACCGACUCCAGCAGCUCCGACGGGCACCGCAAGAGCUCCCGCGAGUGCAUGGUGUGUUUCGAGAGCGAGGUGAUCGCUGCCUUGGUGCCCUGCGGCCACAACCUCUUCUGCAUGGAGUGUGCCAUGCGCAUCUGCGGCAAAGCCGAGCCCGAGUGUCCGGCUUGCCACACUCCCGCCACGCAAGCCAUCCACAUCUUCUCCUAGCCGGGUCCGGCUCGCCAGGGCAGCCCGCCCUCCCCUCCACCCCAACACAGCUUUUUAAGGACUUUAAACUGUUUAAAUCAACCUUUUUAUUUAAUAACGGAUCCGAUGGGCGCA